AUGUCUGGAAAAUACGCCUUCACCAAGUCCCUCAAGGAGCUUCGCUUCCUCUUCUGCCAGACGUCCGAGGCUAGCGCGCCCGUACGGAACUUCCUCGUCCGCGCGUACCCCACGAUGAAGAAGAACAACCCGAACAUCCCCAUCAUGAUGCGCGAGGCCGCCGGCACCGUGCCCAAAGUCUUUGCCCGCUACGAGUUUGGUGUCGAGAAGGCCCAGUCCCUCGAGGGCCUGUCGGAUAAGCAGAUCGAAGACACCAUCACCGGCCUUGUCAAGCAGUGA